AUGGCCCCAUACGAAGCCUUGUAUGGGAGGAAAUGUCGAUCACCUUUGUGUUGGUCUGAAGUCGGUGAGAAGGGAAUUCUUGGGCCGGAGAUAAUUCAAGAAACCAUGGAGAAGGUUAAGAUGAUCCGAGAUAAGAUGAAACAAGCUCAAGAUCGACAAAAGAGUUAUGCGGACAAACGAAGGAGACCCUUGGAAUUUGACGUAGGAGAUCAUGUGUUCUUGAAGUUGCGGAAGUUUGUGCCGGAUUCGUUUCAUCCUAUCCUGCCAGAUACGAUUGAAGUAGAACCAGAUCUUUCGUUCCAACCGAAUCCGUGUUGUAUUCUGGAGUAUGCUAGUAAGUCCUUGAGAAGCAAAGAGAUACCUCUUGUCAAGGUGUUAUGGGAAGAGUCGCGUACUGACGAAGCUACUUGGGAGCUCGAGUCAGAGAUGCGGGAGUUGUAUCCUCACCUGUUCUGGUAA